AUGGCUACAGCUGAAUUUGAAGCCAGAUACAUCCAGGAGCAUCAACUUGGUGAAGGAGGGUUUGGAUCAGUGUUUGCUGGCUAUCGUAAAGCAGACAAUUUACCGGCUGAGGAUGGGAAGUGUCUUUCAGUGGAGGUGGCCAUUAUGUUGAAACUCCAGGAUGGAAAAACUGGACAGCUGCUGAACUCGACAUCUGUGUCCUUGCUGGAUUGGUACAAUCUACAGGAGGAGCAAAUUCUGGUGCUUGAGCGACCAAUCCCUGCACAGGACCUCCUUCAGUUCAUUGAAGUCAAUGGAGGUUGUGUAAAGGAGGGCGUGGCUAAGAUCAUACUGAAACAGCUGGUCGCUGGAGCAUUGGCGUUUGAGGACAAGAACAUCUUUCACCGUGAUAUUAAGGUGGAAAACGUUCUAAUAGAGACCGGCUCAGAUGUUCCACGUGUUUGGCUGAUUGACUUUGGCCUUAGCUGUUUUGUGCAGGAAGACUCUUUCAAAGUGUUCUAUGGCACAGUUGCUCACGCUCCUCCUGAGUGGUACAGCUGUUGCAGCUACAGUGCUGGUCCUACAACAGUGUGGCAGCUGGGAGUGCUACUUUAUGAAAGCCUCCACAGAAAACAGUUUGAGACCCAAGAGUUUAUCAGGCACAAACUAAAGAUCAGCAAGAGGCUCUCAAAAAGUAAAAUGGGUACAGAGUGGUACAUUCGAUUCACCUGCGGCACUGGUUCUGCUACAGUUGCCUUCAACACAAUCCAGCCCACAGUGCUAAAGGGGAAGCUGCAGGGAGUGUGA